GGUGCCAGUAAUAUCUUUAUACCUACAUGCAUGGAUGGACAUGUGGCAGUACUAUUGGAGGUCUGACCUUUCACUAAUUAUGACCUUUUAAUGACAUUCUACCAAAUUGCUUGAUAGCUAAUUGUAACUAAUUACUGAUAAUUGUACUUCCUCAAAGCAUUCCACUAGAAAAAGGGGAGGAUCUUUGCUUUGUUUACUGUGAAAGGGGACACCUCUCUGAAAAGGGGGAGGAUCUGAGCAAUAAUUAUGUUUACUGAUAAACAAGGCUGAAAGGGGCGAAAUUUCCAUAAACUAUUCUUUAUGUGUGGUCCCACUGUGUGCACUGUAGCUAUAGUGUACAGAGCCUAUAGUGUGGUCCCACUGUGUGCACUGUAGCUAGUGUACAGAGCCUAUAGUGUGGUCCCACUGUGUGCACUGUAGCUAGUGUACAGAGCCUAUAGUGUGGCCCCCACUGUGUGCACUAUAGCUAGUGUACAGAGCCUGUAGUGUGGUCCCUAUACUGUGUGCACUGUAGCUAGUGUACAGAGCCUAUAGUGUGGUCCCCACUGUGUGCACUAUAGCUAGUGUACAGAGCCUAUAGUGUGGUCCCCACUGUGAGCACUGUAGCUAUACGUGGUGGACUAAUAAGGUUUGCAUUUCAAUUGUAGUGAAUGUGGGCUGUCUAGUCAUCAAGUCUGUGGAAUGUGGGGGAUGAGUGGUGGUAUGCGCUUAACCAAUUUCAUUGAACCAUGUUAAGUAUAAACACGUUUACUAGUGAUACUCAUUUGAAAGCUCUCAAUGAGGCGAAUCUUAUAAUACCCAUAAUCAUCACACCCUCACACAACACACACCCGCCCACACACAGGCACUGGGCACACUACUGUUCAAGCUGUGCUUCAUGGAUACUCCAUUUGGUGACAACCCUCUAGCCAUAGUCAGUGCUCAGUACAGCAUUCCUGAAGACUCUCCCUACACACAAGACCCAGCUGCAUAACUUGAGAGGUGAGACCACACCCACACACACAAUCCUAGUGAAAUGUAGCCAGGUUUAUGCAUAAUUAUGUUAACUUUAAGCCUUUAAUUAUAAAGACUGUUGAUAGUGAGUUUUUCUUCGUGAAAUGGACCUGUUUUCAGAGCUAACUUUGAGAACACACACUAGCUACAGGUGCUAUGAUAUUCUGCCAGCCUCAAGUGUAUUGCUCUAUUAUUAUAAUGAUACGUAUAUUAUUUUCCCCUUUGUAGGCAUCAUCUGUUGACCUCUGACCCUGAGCUGCGUCCCAGUAUCUGGCAAGUGUGUGAGGUGGUGUCCAGGAUCACAGGAACCACCAACCAUGUCACUAAUGUCUUUGUUUUCUCUUGGGAAGUACCUUAAUACAAGUGGGGGACCUCACUCAGCCGCUGCACGUCCUGGCUGUAUCAGGCCCACACUCCUCUCAGCCGAUAAUGAGCUCUCAAUGGCCCCCCACACCAGUAAAACUGCCUCACUCCGCAAGUGCAACGUCACUGAUUGUGAGAAGACCUGCAUUUGUAUGGGCGAUGUACGGUACCUCCUCUUGAAACUACACGGAGUGGUGAUGACGAUAGCCUUUGUGUACUUCGUGCCUGUGGGAGCGUUGGUCUCGAGGUACUAUAAUUAUACCGUAUCGUGUCUGCCAGCUCCUGGUUCAGGGCCCAUGUGACAAUGAUGCUGUUUGAAGUGUUGUGUGGACUGGCUGGUCUUGGUGGUCACACAGGUAGGUUCACUGGGUUAUCAUCAGAUGGUGGGUGUGGUCUGUCUCUCCCUCAGUAGCCACUGUUAGGAAUAUUGAGACCAGCUGUAGGCCCUACACUAAGCUGGCAGUCCAUUUCCUACGGAUGACUUUGGUAGCACUUCAUUUGAUGGACGUUCCUCUACCCUGCCCACUCAUACUCUGACAAUGCAAGACGAGAUUUGUUUGGAGUACCCCCCUUUUGGAGAAGGUUCAAAGGUUACGCCGACAAUGACAACUGUGGAACAGUUCCUUUUAGCUGAAUUUUAAUAUUUAUUUUUCCGUGUGUGUGAAGUAGGAUCACAUGACUGUUUAAUUGCAUAUAAAUAGAUUUUUAUGUGCAAUUAAAUAAUUGUGCAGUGCUUUUACCCAAUUGCAAUAUCUUGAUUAGAAAUAAAUCAUGCAGUUUGUGGCCCGAAAGGCAGAAAAAGAGGGUGUGGCACUUUUGCUUUGUUU